CCCGGUUCGGUCCUGUUCGUGYUCCGGGUGACUUUUCAUCAUGGCUGUCCCUGCUGGGAGAACUGUGGUGUUUGUGACUGGAAACGCAAAGAAACUGGAAGAAGUCAUUCAGAUACUCGGAGACAAGUUUCCCUACAAACUGGUGUCCAAAAAGAUUGACUUGCCAGAGUAUCAGGGAGAGCCAGAAGACAUUUCCAUACAGAAGUGUUUAGAGGCAGCACGGCAGGUGGAUGGACCAGUGAUCGUGGAGGACACCUGCCUGUGUUUCAGGGCUUUGGGAGGACUGCCUGGUCCUUACAU